UCUGGGCCCGCUUCCCUGUACCCAAAAGCUCCGUCCGGGAUCCUGUCCUCGCCCCUCCCCCAAACUUCUGGCCUGCGCCCCUGCCCGGUGGGUAGCCUUCUCUCCCUCCCUGCCUCCUGCACCGUCUUUUCCCUGGUCCUCUGUCCUGCCCCCCUUGCCCAAGUCCCGGGUCGCCCGCCCGGUCCCGCCCCCCGGACCCGGGAUGUCCCCCGCAGCCCCGCGCCCAUGGUCCUGACGCUGCUCCUUUCCGCCUACAAGCUGUGCCGCUUCUUCACCAUGUCGGGCCCGCGGCCGGGCGCUGAGCGGCUAGCGGUGCCGGGGCCGGACGGGGGCGGCGGCGCGGGCCCGUGGUGGGCCGCGGGCGGCCGGGGGCCCCGCGAGGUGUCGCCCGGGGCGGCCGCUGAGGUGCAGGGCGCCCUGGAGCGCGCGAUGCCGGAGCUGCAGCAGGCGCUGUCCGCGCUGAAGCAGGCGGGGGGCGCGCGGGCCGUGGGCGCCGGCCUGGCCGAGGUCUUCCAGCUGGUGGAGGAGGCCUGGCUGCUGCCGGCCGUGGGCCGGGAGGUAGCCCAGGGUCUGUGCGAUGCCAUCCGCCUGGACGGCGGCCUGGACCUGCUGCUGCGACUGCUGCAGGCGCCGGAGCUGGAGACGCGCGUGCAGGCCGCCCGCCUGCUGGAGCAGAUCCUGGUGGCCGAGAACCGGGACCGCGUGGCGCGCAUCGGGUUGGGAGUGAUCCUGAACUUGGCAAAAGAGCGCGAGCCGGUGGAGCUGGCGCGGAGCGUUGCAGGCAUCUUGGAGCACAUGUUCAAGCACUCGGAGGAGACGUGCCAGCGGCUGGUGUCGGCCGGAGGCCUGGACGCGGUGCUGUAUUGGUGCCGCCGCACGGACCCCGCGCUGCUCCGCCACUGCGCGCUGGCGCUGGGCAACUGCGCGCUGCACGGGGGCCAGGCGGCGCAGCGGCGCAUGGUGGAGAAGCGCGCCGCAGAGUGGCUCUUCCCGCUCGCCUUCUCCAAAGAGGACGAGCUGCUGCGGCUGCACGCCUGCCUGGCGGUGGCGGUGCUGGCAACCAACAAGGAGGUGGAGCGCGAGGUGGAGCGCUCGGGCACGCUGGCGCUUGUGGAGCCGCUCGUGGCCUCCCUGGACCCCGGCCGCUUUGCUCGCUGCCUGGUGGAUGCCAGUGACACCAGGCAGGGCCGCGGGCCCGACGACCUGCAGCGCCUCGUGCCGCUACUCGACUCGUCCCGCAUGGAGGCGCAGUGUAUCGGGGCUUUCUAUCUCUGUGCUGAGGUUGCCAUCAAGAGCUUGCAGGGCAAGACCAAGGUAUUCAGCGACAUCGGAGCCAUCCAGAGCCUGAAACGCCUGGUUUCCUACUCCACCAAUGGCACCACGUCGGCGCUGGCCAAGCGCGCGCUGCGCCUGCUGGGCGAGGAGGUGCCGCGGCCCAUCCUGCCCUGCGUGGCCAGCUGGAAGGAGGCCGAGGUCCAGACGUGGCUCCAGCAGAUCGGCUUCUCCCACUACUGCGAGAGCUUCCGGGAGCAGCAGGUAGAUGGUGACCUGCUUCUGCGGCUCACGGAGGAGGAGCUCCAGACCGACCUGGGCAUGAAAUCAGGCAUCACCCGCAAAAGAUUCUUUAGGGAGCUCACGGAGCUCAAGACCUUCGCCAGCUACGCCACGUGCGACCGCAGCAACCUGGCUGACUGGCUGGGCAGCCUGGACCCGCGCUUCCGCCAGUAUACGUACGGCCUGGUCAGCUGCGGCCUGGACCGCUCCCUGCUGCACCGCGUGUCCGAGCAGCAGCUGCUGGAGGACUGCGGCAUCCGCCUGGGCGUGCACCGCGCCCGCAUCCUCACGGCCGCCAGAGAAAUGCUACACUCUCCGCUGCCCUGCACUGGCUGUAAGCCCAGUGGGGACAUCCCAGAUGUCUUCAUCAGCUACCGCCGGAACUCGGGUUCCCAGCUGGCCAGCCUCCUAAAGGUACACCUGCAACUGCACGGCUUCAGUGUCUUCAUUGAUGUGGAGAAGCUGGAAGCAGGCAAGUUCGAGGACAAACUCAUCCAGAGUGUCAUGGGUGCCCGCAACUUCGUGCUGGUACUGUCAGCUGGGGCACUGGACAAAUGCAAGCAGGACCAUGACUGCAAGGACUGGGUGCACAAGGAGAUCGUGACUGCUUUGAGCUGCGGCAAGAACAUUGUGCCGGUCAUCGAUGGCUUUGAGUGGCCAGAGCCCCAGGACCUGCCUGAGGACAUGCAGGCUGUGCUCACCUUCAAUGGCAUCAAGUGGUCCCAUGAGUACCAGGAGGCCACAAUUGAGAAGAUCAUCCGCUUCCUGCAGGGCCGCUCCUCCCGGGACUCAUCUGCAGGCUCUGACACCAGUUUGGAGGGUGCCGUACUCAUGGGCCCAACUUAACCAGUCCUUGGUUCCCAAGGCCUGUUGUGACCCCCAUUUCCAUCGUCCUUCCCGAAGAAGCAGCUCCUCAAACUGGUCUCUCUCAACUGCAACAGCCUGGGCCCUUCUCAGAAAAUGGCUGUCACUCUGCCCCCACCCUCAUGGCCCACCUCAAACCCAGCCUCCUCAGUGUCUGGAAAGGGAAGGGAAGGCAGGCAUUGGGGAUGGUAAGGGCCAGACCUCCCUAGUCUCUGCCACCAGGUUCUCUAUCUCAGGUGUGGGAGAGACUCUGGAGGUUGAGACUCCGCACACUAUACCCACCUACCUCGUGCCCGCCCUGACAGCAGCCAGCUUGGCUAGGGGGAAGGCAGGCAGCCUCCGACAAGAGUUAGGGCAAUGCCCACCCCCCUGGGCUAAGCAAGGGCUGAGGCCUAGCAGCCAGCUGGAGGUGGGGGUUCAGUGAUGGCUCUCCACCUAGAUGGUGCCUGGCUUCUGGGCUCACUACUUCCUGCCACCCCGUGGCCUUGACCUGUAACCACUCACUGUCCUUAGCUGGUCUGGUCCCAAGUCCCCUCCCAGCUUUCCCGAGGUGCAGUCCUCUUACCACACCCGGGGUCAGGGUGGGGCUAAGCCAGCCCUCACUCUGGCUGGUCUGCAGCUGUGGUCAGCUUUGCUGCACUCACUGGUGCAAGGGAGCUGUCUGCUUGGGUCUGGGCCUGGGUCGCCAAGGCCGUCUCGCCAGGCAGCUAGCUACCCUACCCAUGCCUUGUUGCUGUGCCUCAGUCCCUGCUGGCCAGGCUCAGCUGGCUCCCCCAGCCAACCCCUCCCUACCCACCUGCUCAGGGGAUGGCCAGGAGAGGCAGCCCCCGCCUCGUGGCACAGCAGUCGGCUGGACAGCCUGUAGCAACACGGGAAGAGGCGGUACUCUGAAGAAGGGUGCGGGGCUCAUUGGAAUCCCCUGGGAAUUUUCCUAAAACUGCAUUCAGGAGACCUGGGCAGGGCCUAGGUUUCUGCAUUUCUCACAAAAUCCCAGGUGAGUGGAUGCAGAUGGUUAAGGAAUGACGCUUCACCUAGCGAGGCUCUAAAACACAAAUCCCUCACAAAUCUUUGCCAUUUCUCCCGACAUCCCACCCCAUAGUUUCUGCCAUCACCUGAGCAACCCAACCCAUAUUUUCUCCAUUUUACAGAGAAGGAACUGAAUGACAUGACAUUUCAGUAGAGUCAGCCCCAGGAUCCAGACCUGGCCUUCUGGUGCUCAGUCCACUGCCUGUCCUGAGAAUCCUCUUGGAGGCUGUGCCCUGGGCAGGGCUGUCACUCUACUGACAGCUCACUUCUCCUCUGCCCCAAGGGUCUGGCAGUGGGGGACAGGUUUUCACACACAAAAUAGGCUGGCCCAAAAGCUAUGCAGAAGUAAAGCAAGAACAUCCCUCUGCCCCUUUCUCCACUAGGUGGGAGAGCAAGAAGGUCUCCUCCCUCCAGUAAACCCCGGGCUUCAGCCAACAGGGUCAGCUGGAACCCUCCCUUACCUCCCCUCCUCACACCUCAGGCUGGCUCGGCUUUCAGAGCCACCCCCCACAAGUGCUAGCCAGGUCACUCGUAGCUCUUCAGCCACAUCAUCAGAGGAUCAGAGGUCUCACUCCAGGCUUGGGACUCCUUUUCUGCUCCCUGUCCUGCCGAAGAUACACUUUAGCCCAUCCUGGCCCCCACCACUCUUGACCCUGCUUCCUUCAUGCCACAACAGUGCCCACCAGUGCCAGGCCCUGGAUGUGGUGGUGACUGAAGUGGCCUAGACACUGCCCUCAUAGAGCAGAGAAAGUAACAAUACAAUGGGAUGAGUACCCUCCAGGGGAAGCUUUCUCUUUGUCCCUGAUCAGUCCCACUCCCUCGUGAGGCGCCCCAGGCAGCAUUCUGGGAGGUUGCCAGGCCGUGUCUUCUGUUCAUACACCUCUUGCUGCCCCGUCCUGCCUCUGGGGAAUCAGAGCCCAGCCUCCAACCUCACCAGAGCAGCCGAGGUGAUGGGGUGAUGGCCCUCACCCCAGCCGGGCCAGUGUGCCAUGACAGACUGCCCAGGUUAUAGCCAGGGCAGGCACUUUAACCGUCACCUUAUACCUAGGCCUGGUCCCACAGGGCUGGUCCUGAACCUGAGCUGAGAAACAGCCUUUCCCCACAAAGCCUGCUCUGACAUUGGUCUGCUGGGUCAGGGUUUUCUGCUUGGCUGGGGUGUAGAUGCUGCUUCUAGUGGGGGCUGUCAGCUAGGUCCCUACCUACCUCACCUCGCCCAUCCCCAGGGACCAAGGACUGCUCAGGGAUACUCCGAGGUCAAGAAGUCCAGCUCCAACUCAUUCCUUCUCCCCUGCCCAGGAAGAGAGGCAUCUCAUUCUAAAAUGUAUGAGGUGAGAAGGGGCUCAGAACAUCAUCUAACCCGGUGUUUCCUAACUUGUCCACCUGUGACCAGACAAUUCAUGGGCGCUGUUUAUCUAGCCCUUCAUAGAAGGGCUUGCUCAAGGUCACAAGCAAGCCAGAGGCAGUGCCUAGAGUAUAGCCCAGGCCUGAGGCCAGCCCAGAACCUUUCCCUGACUCCUCACUGCCUCAUGCUGAGACAAGACAGUGGAAGGCCCUCUCCUUGCUUUGGUCUCCCAAUGACAGAGACAUUGACCCUGGUCUGCCCUGCACCACUCCAUUUCACUGGUGUGAUUUUCAGGGCAGGUGAGAGAAGAGGGUAGCCAGGAGCCAAACCCUGUUGGCCAAUUCAUGUUUGCAGUCAAGUGCCACCUGACUUGGGUCUCUGUGGGGGCCUACAGCCCUCAUCAAAGCAGGUGCCUAAAUACUGAAUCCAGUUCUGCCUUUCAGCUGUUGGGCCAGGCUUUCCCAACACCCUGGAGAAGGGCCCUUGAAUCAGUCAGGCCCAUCUCCAGGUUCCCAUUGACCUAAAGAUGCACAAAAGAUGGUCUCAGCACACAGCCCUGCUGAAAUAUGUGGCAAUUGGAGUGCUAGAGAGCUGAGUAGUAACAGACUGAUCCUGCUUUGGCUAGUGUAGCUGGGUAGACCAGUAAGGUGCCUUCGGGGAACGGAUCUCUGACUGACCCUCAGGAAUGGCCUCUGCCCUAAAUCUCUCCACUGGCCAGAUGCCAGCCUGGCAACCCCACAGCACCACCCUCUCUCCUAGCCCAGUAGCUCAGAAGAGAAUGAGCAGUCAGAGGAGAUGUGGGCUGUCAAUGCCCAGCAUCAUCCCAUGGCAGUUCAGG